UUUAUUAAAUUUGAAAUUCCACGCGUUGAGUACGUUGAGUCCGCGACUCCGCGCGCGGGUGCUACUUUUGGAGUUUGCUGCAGUUUUUCUGGGCUUGAUCUUUCCAUCAUAAUUAAGACGAUGUCCUCUGCAGCAUCUGCGCAACAGUUCGUUACGAAGCUCAUGACUUCAUCACAAAACAGGGCGUUAGCUAUGGAGGCUGACACGAUUCGGGGGCUUCUGGGUUUUGCUCGCCAACUCCAACCUGGGGACCCAAAGCACGUCGAAUACCGGGGAAAGAUUGGUCACAUAUUGUUCUUCCGUGUACAAAACCUCAUUUCAGCGGCAACAAUGUUCGACCCCAUUUUCUUAUCGGCGGCAGUAGAGAUAACCACUGUCUGCAAGAACAAACAGUGGGUUGGCAUACCUAACUGGCAAGAUAUUAGAGAGGAUGAUCCAAGGAUCGAAAAGCACCCACUGAUCAACAAGACGUGGUAUGUUCAUCCGAAUCAGCAAAUGUUGCAGGCCUUCCCUGAGGGUGCCAUACUGGUUGCUGAGCCACCCGCUGCAACUGCCGAUGAUAUUCCUUUACUCACCGAUAAUGCUUCCGUGGCUUCCGGUGCAAUUGACAAGCGCCAGCUGCGUGUCUUUGGCCCUAAGUCGCAGGCUCACGCGAAAGAGAAUGCCGACGAAGAUGGAGCACUGCCGACAGACCAGUCUAGGGGUCGGUCCAAUCACCGGGUAUCUAAGAAACGAGGGAUUAAUGAAUCUGAAUCGCGAACCCCGCUUGCAGGAGCUAUGAGGGGCGGGUCGUACAAACGAAUCUGUGCAGACACGAGGUCCAAUACCGUCAACAAGAUGGGAGAAGGCGCGUCGAAGGGAGUGAUAUAUGUGCAACACCCUGAAGCGAAAACCAAAACACCGACAGGUUUAUCUUUGAAGGCAGCUGGCAGUUCAGCCAACCCCUUGACAGCACGAUCGGGUGCCGUCAGCGUUGCUGGUCCCUGCCCUCGUUGUGUCAGGGAAGGCAAGACAUGCAUGAGAGCCAGGGGCAAGACUGGCCUCCUGUUAGUUUGCACUGCAUGCAAGCGACUGAAAAAAAAGUGUGAGUUGGAUGUCAACCAACCCACCAGACAGCGAAGAAAGUCUGGCGUGCAAGGCAGCCCUCAUCCCCGAUUAUCGGAGAGGAUAAAGGCGCGGAAAAUGAAAAUGUCCAUUCGUCGCAUGGGCACUUCUGUGGUGCAGCGAAGGCCGCCUAGAGUCGUCAUGAGCUAUGUGUCAGUGCCCCAGCUUCCGAUCCCAGCCCCCGAAUCCACAAUUGUGCAGCUGAGAAGCGUGAAGAGAAAGAUGAGUAGUAUGGAGGGUGUGAUCGACCUCCUCCAUCGCGAGAUGGAGACACUCCGCACGAUCCUUGAUACCGCGAACUGACACAAGAAUGCUCGUGGUGUAUGAAUGACUUGGCUAUCAUAGCCGAAGUAUUGCUGAUUUACCUACUUCUCAAUCUUCAAGUGUUAAGCUCGAGCGCACAAGACUUAUUUGACCCGAGUUAUGGAUGUACUCUGUGAUAUUGAUUGAGCAGUCACCCUUUCUUUUCAGUUUCAUGCUCAUGCCUCUUCUUUUCUAUGCCUACACCUCCUGAUACCUGUUUUAUGUCUACGUCGAUUGAUUUCACUUACCUCGAUCUUACGUCAUGCAUUGAUUACUCUUUGCACCCCAUGACUCUGCAAAGAUAUAUGUUAUGCCAGCUAUUCUUCGGGGCUAUGUACAUCUCUGUCGAUUCGAAAGGAAAUCAAUCGGCCUGGAGCACGACAGCAUAUGAAUGCUAUAUGCUGUGCUAAGACUCAAAU